AUGUGGCCGAUCGGGUUUUCCUACUUAAUUCCGCUCCUGGUGCAGCCAGUGUUUUCACGCAUCAGUCCGUACGAUAUUGAUAACAAUUUACGCCCAGACAACAUCACUGGUCUCGACUAUAGCUAUUAUAGCCAUACUGGCUCUUACUACAAUGGCACUCUCACCUUGACGUUCUCCCCGGAGUACAACCCAAACAAGCUUCUUUUUGACGGCACCACUUGUGCGGAAUAUGAAAACAGCACUUUCAAGAUUACUAUGAAUGCAGUUGCAGGCUUUCAAAGGGUCGCACCUGAAGCACCCUCGCCUGAUCCCUUUUUCCUAGAUAUCUAUGGGUGGGACCAGGCAUAUAACCUAACCAACGAAUACGACACCGCCAACUAUAGCGAGUUUCAGGAGAUUCAUCUCAGCUCUAGUUAUAGCCAGGUUUACAAUGAAACUUGGUGGUUCUAUCACCUGACCGAGGCAGACAGCGAGGGUUACAAAUUCAGCGGCAGGAUGAGUACAUAUUUCCUUCGCCUUUUCGACUUUAAGUUUAAUGUUUCCGGAAUUUGCGAUACGCCAUCUGAAGAUCAGCAGUUCUUUAGCGGAAACUAUAUCACAGAAGAGCAAAACGAGGAGAACCAUUAUUUUACUCACCCUAUCUCCGCGGCGAGAAUUUCGGGAUCUUUCAAUCAGCGGAACGCAUGGGUAGAGACUGCAGGACAUUUUGCAGCAAAUAAUAGGGUCACUCAGCUUAUCGGUGGACUCACUAUACUUUUUGAGGGGCAGCUUGAUGAGGAACGAUCCGAUGAACUGCUUCUAGGGAGAAAGAAGCCCGAAUGGAAUGCCACGCUUGGAUUUGAGAUUGGAUCUGUUGGAGGUGUGACGUCGGGAGCAGUGGCUUUGUCUCCCGGGGUAGUUAGACUGAUUCUAGCAGGGUUGCUGAGUAUGGCUAUGCUCGCAUGA